AUGCCUUCACCUACAACACAAAUAGCGGAUAUUGGUACAUCCUUGACUAAUGGCAGUGAUAUUGAACAAUUGAAAAAGCAUUUACCUCAUGUGGAUUUUGAAACUGGCUUAAGACAUCGCACAAUUCGACGGGAUCCAAUCACUGGUCUUGGCACAUUGCCGAAAGAACACACAAGGAAUUCCUCAGUUGAUCGACUAGGUUUUAACUCAACACUGAUUGCAUGGGAUGCUGACAAUGCAGCAACAGUUUGUCAGGAUAAUGGACACUGCCCGAAAAAGACAAAACAACCAACACGUAAUCCGAUUGCUUUGACCGGGGAUCUUGGCACUGAAGUCGAUGGACUGCGUACGACAAAUGGUCCUCGUAGUGGAACUCUUAGAGAGCCGCAACGUGAUCCUAUUUCUGGAGAGGAAAUUUCGGUAAUCGUGAAUGGGACCCCAUUGGUAGAUACAAUCGGAAAACUAGAAGAGCCAAAAGUUCAACUGGAAUCCGAACCAACCCUUUGA